AUGACAAAUCUUUUGUUAACUGAAAGGUAUAUAUAUGGAAAGCCAGAAGUUCCAAAAGCGUCUCUAGAGAUUGCUUCCGAAGCAUACUUGGAGCUCAUGGAUUUUCAGAAAAAAUGUGAUUGGGAUGCUGCUGUGCAAUUGGUGGUUGAAGCAGGUGAUCCAAAGGUUCAAUAUUUGGCUGUCAAUGAUUGGUAUCGCCUAAGACGCAGCCUUGAGAUUAUCAGGUCUAGUGGAUCACCUCCAUCUGCUUUCCAAGUGCCAUAUGAUUCUUUCAAGGAACGGUUUGAUUCAAGAAAAUCAGAACCAUCUCAUGUUGGCACGUUUUCUGCUGAUGGGGUUGGAGAAAAUCUUUCGAAGGAAUUGGAUUAUGACUUCAUUUGCUUUUUCCUUUCUACUCAGAGAUUGGAUCUUUAUAGAAUGAUUGAUUGGCGCUGUGAGGACAUGCUUACAGGAAGAGAGGGAAUACUGUCUGAGGCCCGAGGGCUUCUUGAUAUGGGUCUACUUCCAAAUUCAAACUCCGCCACUCGAGCAAUUGGUUAUAGACAA